CAUGUCCACGAGGAAGGAACACCGACUGACUCAGACUUCAUUGACUGGCAUCCCAAACCCUCUCAAACAUGUGGCAGGGGCUACACUUUCCUCGAUUUGUUUCAUUCUGAUGAGAACAGUGCAUACCGUGCAACAAAUCAUUAUUACCCAUUCAGUGACCGGAAAGACUGGGAGGUUGCAUCCUGGUUACUGCAUUCAGGGUUGAGCAUGGCAAAGAUCGACAACUUUCUUUCACUU